AUGUUUGGAGUAGGAGGUGUCAUCUCGGCUGUUGUAACGGCAAUUACUUUUGUGUCCGGCAACCCUGAGACUGUCGAGCAAAGACGCGGUGUUCUCUUGGUUGGAAAGUUCUUCAUCGGUCUGGCUAUGGGUAUCAGCAUGUCGACAUGCCAAACAUAUGUAUCUGAGAUUUCACCGCCCAAGCUUCGAACUAUACUUCCCCGCUUUUACCCCUUUAUGAUCGCUGUGUUCAAGGAGGUCGCUACGAUGACGCACUGGGCCUUCAAGAUCCCCUUGGCGUCUCAGUGGGCAUUAUCCGCCUACUCCGUCAUCGCAGCCCUAGUCGUCCCCGAAAACCCGGUCUACCUCACCGGCAAGAACAAGAUCGGCCAAGCUAGAAAGGCUCUGACUUCUCUCGGCUGUGAUAACAUUGACGAACGAAUCGCCAUCAUCGAAGCUACAAUCCAACAAGAGCAGAGAUUAAAUACCGAGCAGCCUUCAUUUUCAGAGUGCUUUAAGGGCACCAACCUGCGACGGACUCAUAUCGUUGCUCUUCUCAACACUCUUCAGCAGUUUAUGGGAAUAACAUUGGUCUCAAACUCUACCUACUUCUUCAUCAUGGCUGGCAUGACCCCGACCUUUUCUCUUACACUGAAUCAAACUGGCGUUGGUUUGAGUAUGACGUGCACUCUUUUCUCUUGGGUUAUCAUGUCCAAGGUCGGCCGAAGAUUUGCUAUUCUUGCAAGCUUCGCUGUCGCUGGAACCAUUUUCAUUGGAAUGGGUGUUGCUGGCUUCUGA